AUGUAUGAUUUAUUAUCGGAACCAAAACAAAUGGUUCCACUUAUCAAAGGUUAUGAACAACAACCACUUGUUACACUUGAACAAUCUGUCAAACCUCUUCUUUCAUUUGUUCCAGAGAUCGAACAAAUGGUUUGGACAAUCAAACAAACUUGUCAAUAUCCAGAUGAUCAUCUUUCAUCGGAUGAAUUAGGAUCGAUUAUGUUAUAUACGCUAGAAUGGAUGCCUCUAGAAUCUUCUUUUUACUAUAUUCUUAAUAAAACUCUUCAAUCACAAAAUCGAAGAGAAUUAUUAUCUUGGUUCUUAUAUCUUCUUCGAAACUUCCAUCAACUACACAUCGAAUUAUUUAUCGAGGAAUUCAAAUGGAUGUAA